GCGGAAGUUCAUGUCGCUGUGUUGACUUUGCACGUUUCUAUUUGGUCUUAGCUGGCGUUAAAAGUUGCUGGAAAGUCGUCGAAGAGUCUGUGGACGCGGAUCUGGAACUUUUUAUCUUUUCAGACUAUUGAGCAAAAGGGAUUACUUCGGGAGUUUUGUUGACCUUACAGUCAAUCAGCAUGUUUCACCAGCAUGGGAUGACUCAUCACUGAUUGUGUGACCGUCAGUAUUUUGUCCUGUAAUGUCCUGCAUGGGAAUCUCCUAAUCCACGCACAAAAAGGAGCCACAGUCACCGCUGCUGCGGUUCACGUCGGCAGAGUCAUGGGUCUGUGUACAGCCGCCAAAAAGUUUUCACGAAGGGGCAAAUAUGUUGUGCUGAUCGGGCUCCUGUUGUCAGUGCUGGCUUGGAUAGCCACCUUUUCUGGGGAGACUGACAAAACCAUCUCUUUUAACUUUGACCCCACACUAACUCUUGUUAGACAAGACAAACUGAGGGAUAAGCUCAACUCGUGGACGAGAGCGCCCGGUCACUGGAACCUUUCAACAGAAAAAGACGAGUGCCCAAAGGAAUCUCCAUUGCUAGUGGGAGCUUCGAAGCUAUCCUUUGAGUCUUCGCUGAAUCUCAAGGAUGUAGAGAGCAAAAACAAAGGAGUGGCUAAAGGAGCGUAUGAGCCCGCGGACUGUAAAGCGAGGCAGAGCGUAGCCAUCCUCAUCCCGCACCGCAACCGGGAGAAGCACCUCCUCUACCUCCUGCAUCACCUGCACCCCUUUCUGCAGCGGCAGCAGCUGCACUAUGCCAUCUACGUCAUCCAUCAGGCCGGUGAUGCAAUUUUUAAUCGAGCCAAGUUACUUAAUGUCGGGUAUUUGGAAGCAAUUAAGGACUUUAGCUGGGAGUGCUUCAUCCUCCAUGAUGUGGACUUGGUUCCUGAGAAUGAUCGCAAUUUGUACAUCUGUGAUCAGCAGCCCAAACACUUGGUGGUCGGCCGCAACGUUACAGGAUAUAAACUCCGUUACAAAGGCUACUUUGGUGGAGUCACUGCCAUGACCAAGGACCAGUUUUUAAAAGUAAAUGGGUUCUCAAACAACUACUGGGGAUGGGGUGGGGAGGAUGACGACCUUCGGGUCAGGGUUGAACUGCAAAAGAUGACGAUCGUACGCCCCCCUGCUGAUGUAGCACGCUAUACCAUGGUGUUUCACAAACGAGACUCGGGAAAUCAGAUCAACAAAAACAGGAUGAGGUUAUUAGGACAAACGACAAAGAUGUGGAGAAACGAUGGACUCAACAGCUGCUCGUAUAAAAUUGUAUCAGUUGAGAGGAUGCCCCUCUAUGUGAACAUUACUGUGGACAUUGGUCAGCCACAAAGUUGAGGUCUCUGAAAGAAAACAGCUUUAUCCUCUUUAUAUUCUAUGAAACCAAGACCACUGUGUGCUGAAAAGUUACAAGAUGACAAACAAACUUAAAUGUCCUUUUGUUAGCGUGUUAAAACGAUAUCCAGAUAUUUAACACAAUUUUGCAUAUCAUUCCAUACUUUAUUCCUAGAAAUUCCUGUUGUUAGGAAUUACAUCUCCAUUUAAAGAAUAUUUUACUGCAGCUGUCAUUCCAGUUGUUUUUCAAUGUUUUUCUAAACUGUUGUUAUCAUCACACCUAUGCCUUAUUAUUUGCCUGUUUGUCCACCGCCACUAUAUGCUAAUAGGAUGUUACAUAGAGACAUAGAUCAAGGUGCCAGAGAUUACAUUGUGAGGUGAGCCUUUUUAAACACUUUAUCUUACAGUGUCAUAAUGGCAACACUGGACUGGUUUAUGUUUUGGCGUCCUAUUUUAGAUAAAUUGAUGUUCUUAAUAUCCUGCAUAAAAGGACCUCACACAUAUGGUCUAACUGGAUUUUUUCAGCUAUUCUCUCUGUAGAAUAGCUGUGUUUCAGUCAGUGUGUCUGUGAACAUCAAUUUGGAUUUAGGUACAGACCAGUCUAAUACCUGAAUAAACUUAAUCUUCAUUGUUCCUUUGUAGCACUGGUAGCAUUGUCAUAGGGUUCUGCUGGAACGGGAUCCCUCACCCCAGACUUAAGCCUUUAACAGGUUUUCUUCACCUAUUUAGCCAUGUAGCUCCACCCAGUUCCCCAUCAACUCUGACUAGAUUCUGUUUCUAUGCUGGAAACAAAGGGGGUCGCUUUUCUGGCACACUUAAUGUUUUUCUUCUGCUCUAACACAGCAGAAUCAAGUUCUGCAGAAGUCUUGCUAAUGACCCAUUCACUUAAUCCAUCAGAGCGAGGUCUGUAAUUUUCAUCAUAGGUACUUCCACUAUGAGAGACAAAAUGAGAGAGAAAAGAUCCAGGAAAUCAAAUUGUAGGGGUUUUAAAGUAUUUGUUUGUAAAUUAUGGUGGAUAAGUAAGUAAUAAGUAAAGAAGGAGGUUUUGGCUUAAACUUUUACGAUUUACGAUGCAUGGCCCCGUUUAUUCUUCCCUUAAAGCCCCAGUGUGUAAGAGUUUUACACUGGCGCACCAACUAGUGGAGCACUAAAUGAAUUACAAGCAACCUCGCUUUUAAGCGCGUAAUGAUUGCUACGGAAGCCGUGGAGUUUCAUAAAUGUGGUGAUGUAAACGUGUCCUCCAUGUAUUUGGUACCAGGCUACUGCUAAUAGCUACGGUCAUCAUGUGAAAUGGUUUUUGGCCCUGUUGCCAAGUAUGCUUGUUUUUUUUGGUCUAAAGUC